AUGGUCACCUCAGCCAAAUUUGCCUCGCUGGUCGGCAGCGUGACGAUCGCCUUUGUUCUCGCUAGCUCGCUCCACCCUGUCCACACGGCGCCUGUUGGGUUGGUUGCUCGCCAAGAUGCCAGUAGCGACGCUACGCCUCCUGCACCGGCAGGAUACAUCUCGGUCGCUCAGCCGCAAAUGAGCGAGCAAGACAUCUACGCUAUCGGCAUCCCGGACUCUCCACCCUCCCCCGCCGCUUCCGCAGGUGCACCCGCCGCUGCUAUCGCUGCACCUGGAGCAGACACGACGCUGCAACAGGCGCUGCAGGCCGCUGCUCAAGCUGCUUUGUCCACGACCAACCAUACGACGGACGUCACGAACCACUACGACGCCACGCCUCCUGUCUCCCCUGCCCCUGCUUCUGCUUCUGCUCAAGUUGCCGCUUCCAACGCACAGGUUGCCCAGCCUGCCGGCGACUCUGCCAUGACGGGUAACCCUGAUGCUGGUAACUUGUACCAGCAGGUCAUCGGCACCCCUGCCGGUGCUCCUGCUCCCGCGGCCGAUACCGCGAUGACUGGGAAUGAGGGCGAGGGCGAUGCGUACAAUCAGAUUGUCGCCGCGCAGAUGGCGCAGUUCGGUGAUCAGGCGAGGGGGGCACUCGCAGCAAGGUGGCUGAACGCUGUCAAGGCGGCCAAGAGGCAGGCCACGGGUGCCGCUGAUACUUCUGCGGCUACCGGUGCUGCCACUGCCACUGCCUCGACACCAGACUUGGCAGGCGUCCCAGUAGCAGCCCCUGUGCCUAGCGAUUACAGUUCGCCUUCGGCUCCUGGCGCAUCGGGCGAUGCUGCUGUUCCUGCAGUGCCGUCUGCUCCCGCUGUGUCCGAUGCGCCUACCGGCGCCUUGCCCACCAGCGCCGCCCUGCCCACAGGCGCUGUGCCCUCUGCACCGGCUGCCGUCCCCUCGGUCUCUGCACCUGUCUCGGCUCCUGCUGCCGCUGCCCCCUCUGCCCCUGCCCCUGCUGUCCCUGCGCUUCCAAGCCUCAAAGAUGCCUCGGCAGCUUCGGCCACAACAGUGCUGCCGGCGUCCAAUGCCGACCCUACGCCCACUUCCACCAGCCAAGCUACUGCCGCCGCUGCUUCUUCUGCUGCUGCGACGGGCGACCUCACGAUGACCGUGACGCUGCCGACAAAGUCACUGCCCACCUCGGUGGCUGGUCAGCCCAAUGUCAAGGUCAACAACAGCGGUGAUGACAGUGAGCUGGACGAGUGGAAGACGAUGACCAUCCUGGUUCCGGCCGAGGCGUUUGGUGGAGCGACUGCGGGCGUGCAGACGCAGAUCAACCUUGCGUCGAGCACGGCGGCGGCCUCGAGCGCCAGUUCCAGUGCCAUUCCCAGUGCCAGCUCCAGUGCCAGUUCCAGUGCCUCUACGAGUGCGAAGGCGAGUGCGAGUGGCGACAAGAACGCGGCGGUCUCGUCCUCUGCGUCAGCCUCGCCGACAUCGGCACCGAUCAACCUGUCUUCGUUCUCGUCCAUGAAGCCGCAAGCGUCCUCAUCGGUGCUUACCAUCCCGCUGACGGGCGUGAUUGAUGGCACGACCUACUCGACGAUGCUGACCUUCACCCUCCCCAGUCUUGGCGGGUUCGGUGGCUCCCUCGCCUCCGCCGCCACCACCACCACCUCGUCGUCGCCGGCUCAAAACACUGCGAGCGCGUCGGCGUCUGUGUCAGGCAAGGCUCAAUCCUCAAACGUCUCCGCUUCCGCCUCUGCUUCGGCCACCGCCGCGCCCUCCAAGACUUCGUCCUCUUCCUCGGCCAAAGCCACGUCGUCGGCAGAUCCAAGCUACAUUAAGCCCGACGACGUGCCGCCUCUGCUCAAGAGCUCCGUCACCUUGUCCUCCACCCCCUCGAGCACCGCUUCGGCCGCCUCGGCCUCUUCGACAUCCGGCAGUUCUGCAGACUCGUCCAAGAAUAACGACGACGCCGACGACGAUGAGGACUGCAACGACGACGACGCCGACGAAACCCAGGCUACCACGCCCAAAUCCACCCUGACCAAGAUUUGGGAUUGGGUGACUGGGAAGCCCCUCAACGAGCGCGAUUUCCAAGACGACUACGGCUACGACUACGAAGGUGAGGAUGAGCAGUUCUACGAUGCUCGCCAGGAGUAG